AUGAGUAUUUUUAAUCCAAUUGGUAUAUUAAAAUCAAAGCUUAAUUUGUUCAAUUUCGGACCAAAAGAAAAUAUUGACCCGAUUAUUACCGAAACUCUUGAUGCAAUUCUCGAAGAUAGAAAAAAUAAUCAAUUAUUAAAAAGAUUAUCAGAAGAAAAAGACAUAUCGUUCAAUUUUCAGAUCUUAUACAACUCAUUAAUUACUAGUAGGGCAUCUGAUGGUUUAACUAUAUUCAAAGAAUGGUUUUUAAACCCUCCUCCUUCAAUUUCAGUCGAAAGACUCAAUGAAUUUCUAAGUACAUUAUUUCGCUAUCUUCCAGACUCAACAAACGCUCAUAAGAAAGACGAAUCCCACUAUAAAUUUGUUUGGCAAACAAUAUCAGAGUUAAAAGAAAAGAUUACGUUCGAAAUUUACUCAGAAACACAACAAAAACUUCUUGUUGCUGUCCUUGACAUUGUAGAAAACAUGAAUAUGAAGAAUUUGACGCCACAUUAUCUUAAAUUCUUUUGCUCGCAUUUACUUGAUAAUUACAUUGAUACAAAUACAGUAAAUACCCUUAUAGAUAGAUUUUCCAAGAACAAAGAUGACGUUUACUGGAAAGAAUUGUUCCAAAACGUUUUCAACAAGUUAUUAACGUUUUCUGACAACAAAAAUCUAUUAUACAUCUUCUAUUUAGUCAAAGAUAAAAUUCAUACACAAGAAUCUCUUUGGAAUUGUGCAGUUAAUGAAAUAUAUAAGAAAUCUCGAACAGAUACAAGCCUUUACUUGUUACCAUGCAACGGUACUAAUAUUCUACAGUUGAUUGGUGACUUGGCCUUUUCCGAUCAGAUUAAAGAAUCAGAAAGAUUGAAAUAUCACAUUGUAAACCUCGUUGAUUUCUUUGUUCACUCCAACGUUUCACAAGAAUGGAUGGAUAUGUUCGUACAUUACAUUAAAUUUAUGAUAAUUAAGAACGAAAUUGACUUAACUUUGAUUUUAUCAGAUUCUAUCCUUAGAAUGCUCUGCUACAAACCUAAACCGAUACAAGAAAUCAUAUUUACACUCCUCGACAAGUUCGAUAAGAAAGAAAUUGAAUCAAAAUUAUAUUAUGAUUAUACAGACUUCUUUUACUCAAUCCAGUCAUUGAUGCAAACAGGAUAUUACCCAAUGUAUCCGAAAUUCGAUGCAUUGGCCACUAAAAUCGCUUCAAAAUUUUCAUAUCAAUCUCAAGGUCUUCUUUUACAGCUCUUAAUCGGUAAUCGUGCACAGUAUUAUGAAAUAUUUACAUCAACAGUUGACAAAUUAACAAAUCCAACUGAAAUUUGUCAAUUUAUUAUUUCAUUAGCUUUAGCACCUCCAUUUUUCAAUUCUGUUGGCGUAAUUAAGAGCAUUAUCAACAAGAAGAUGCAAUGGUUUAUUGAUAAGCUCAAUGGAAAGGACGCAAACGUAAAAAUCGCAAUUUUAAUUUGUUUAUUAGAACUGAACAAGAGUAACGCUUUUGUUCCGUACAGACCUAUAUUGGAUUGCAUUGGAAAUCUGAUCUCAAGUCAAGCGAAAAGUAUCAAAAAAGUUGCUUAUUUGGUUUUGGUAAAUAUUGCAACUCCAACGAUACAACAAGAAAACGUGCAGGAUGAUAUAGAAUCGUAUGUUCUCCAUGAUAGAAUAUUCUCUUUCAUGCCUCAUGACAAUUCUGCAACAAUGUUGGUCAGAUCUAACUUUGGAAAGAACUUUUACUCGAUCAAGACACUUAACAUUCCAGUAGAAGUCAAGGAUAAGAAGAUUCCGCUCAAAAGAUCCGAUAUCGUCGCUGAAGAUGAUCCUCUUUUCGAAAUCUUACCCCCUCUACAGGAAGUUCCGGACAAAUCUAAGGCCCUUAAGAUCUUGUAUACAACAGGUGUCGCAAAUUGCAAUAACAAGCCGAGAUUGCUGAAGAAUCCAGAUUUUUCAGAUUUUGAUAAGGCUUGUCUUCCAUUCCGUUUCAAUAUUAAUGUCUCAAACGUUAAUAUUGAUGAUGAUUCAAUCGAAAAGGAGCCAAAACCAUCUCCAAUUUUCGAUAUUUUCUUGAAAGACCUUGGAGAGUCAUAUGAUAUGACAUCAUGUGGAUUUUCAUUUGUUAAGAACCCAAUUGAUGCUGAAAAUCCUUUCAUUUUGUUCAUUUCUCAUGAUAAUAUGAUAAAUGACAAAUUCCUUAAGAAAGCGAACUUCCUCAUCAUGGUAUCUCCUGUAUUAGAGAAAGGUACAAGACUUUACAGGCUCGAACUCCAUGUUUCUGGCUCUGCUUAUGGAAAUUCGUAUUUUAUUCAAGCAAACAACCUUGUAGUUCGCCUUGUUCCUGCUAAUAUGCUUACUAUUAUGAUAUCCUCUAUAUUGUUCUCUUAUUACAUCUCUACUUACGAAAAAUCUCCAAUUUUCGAGAAACUUCUCUACAGAGUCAAAGAGAGAAUCCACGCACUCAAGAACAUUAUCAAUAGCCAGUAA